AUCAACAUGGCGGACGAGAAGUGCCUUGAAACAUGUGCCUUGAGUUACAAAGUUUUAGCAGAAUGCUCCACAACAAAGGCUCGAACUGCUAUUCUAACUUUGCCACAUUAUGAAGUAGAAACUCCAGUAUUUAUGCCUGUAGGAACUCAGGGAACAAUGAAGGGUUUGACCUCUAAACAACUCACAGAGCUGGACUGUCAGAUUAUUCUUGGGAACACGUACCAUCUUGGAAUGAGACCGGGCACAGAGAUAUUGGAAAAAGCCGGGGGACUACAUGGAUUUAUGAAUUGGAAGAGAGCCUUAUUAACGGACAGUGGUGGAUUUCAGAUGGUAUCUUUAUUGAAAUUAGCUGAAAUUACUGAGGAAGGUGUUAAGUUCCAGUCUCCCCAUGAUGGUAAAGAAAUGCUACUUACCCCUGAGAAGUCAACUGAGAUCCAGAAUUCCAUAGGAGCUGAUAUCAUAAUGCAGCUGGAUGAUGUGGUCAGCAGUACUACAACAGGUCCAAGAGUUGAAGAGGCCAUGUUGCGCUCAAUCCGAUGGUUGGACAGAUGUAUAUCAGCCCAUGCUAAGCCAACACAGCAAAACCUUUUUGCAAUAAUACAGGGAGGAUUAGAUCCAGAACUUAGAAAGACUUGUAUAAGAGAGAUGGUUAAACGUAACACACCUGGUAUUGCCAUUGGUGGCCUUAGUGGUGGAGAAGAGAAGUCUUUAUUUUGGAAAACUGUUACACUGUGCACAGAUCAUCUACCAAAGAGCAAACCAAGAUAUCUUAUGGGUGUAGGCUAUGCUGUGGAUCUUGUAGUUUGCUGUGCUUUGGGAGUUGACAUGUUUGACUGUGUCUAUCCAACCAGAACAGCAAGAUUUGGCACAGCCCUGGUACCUUGGGGUCAACUUCACUUAAAGAAUAAACAAUAUUCAACAGACUUUGAACCUAUUGACAGAGACUGCAGAUGCUUGGCUUGUAAACAUCACACCAGGGCUUACAUCAACUCUUUGCUAGGCAGAGAAGAGGUUGCUUGUCAUUUGUUGACAAUUCAUAACAUUUAUUAUCAGAUGAAGUUGAUGCAUGAUAUAAGAGAAAGUAUCAAGGAGGACAAAUUUCCUGAAUUUGUGCACAAAUUUAUGAAAAGGAUGUUUCCAGAUGAAAUUUUUCCUGUCUGGGCCAAAGAAGCUCUUGCUUCUGUCAAUAUCUUCUUGAAAACUCAGGAAAUCAUCAAAAGUAAAGAAGAUAAAGUGUGGAAUCAAAAUGUCUCUGCCUCUUCUGGUGAAUGAGAUUCGUCAACAUUAAAUCUUUAAAAAUAAAAAUUUGCCGAUAGACAUU